AUGUCAGUAACAAGCCUGGCCAAGACGGCGGGCAUCUGGGCUGGCGGUCUGCUGCUCGGUCUCAGCCUCCCGCACCUGCCCCAUCUCGGGGCUCCUCGCCUCCUCACGUCCCUCGUCGGCGACUUUUCCAUACUACCGGGCCGCGGUCUCGGACUCCCGUUCUUGACGAAGCCGAUCCGCACCACCACCACCACCACCAACAACAACAACAACAACACAGCGUCGACGUUUGUGUGCGACACGACGCACACGUACCGGACCGAGCUGGUCUCGCUGGACCCGCUCAUCAUGUACAUCCACGACCUGAUCACGCCGGCCGAGAUCGCGUGGCUGCUGGAGACGGGGGAGCCCCGGUUCGCGCCGUCGCAGGUGAGCAAGUACGGGCGGCAGCAGCAGACGGCCGACCGGACGUCGAGCUCGGCGGGCUUGCCGCGCGACGACCCGGCCGUCAUGUGCGUGCUCAACCGGACCCGGGCCUUCCUCGGCACCAUGCUCCGCGACGGCUGGGACGAGAUGGGGCCGCCGCAGCUGGUCCGCUACACCGCCGGGCAGCGCUUCAACCUGCACCACGACUGGUUCGACGUGCCCCAGCGGGCUGCUGCCGCGGCGGCCAGCGACGACGGCGAGUUCGUCCCCCGGAGGUGGAACCGCGUGGCGAGCUUCUUCGCCAUCCUGGAGGACGACUGCACCGGCGGCGAGACGUACCUCCCGUACGCGAAGCCCAUCGUGCCCCCGAGCCGUCGUGGCGAAGCCAUGUGGCAGGGUGGCGAACGGGAACAGGAACAGGAGCAAGAGGAGGCGCGGCCGCUGUGGAGGGAGCACGAGGACGGCGGGCUGGCGUUCCGGCCGGUGGCAGGCAACGCCGUGUUCUGGGUGAACUUACACGCGAACGGGACCGGGGACCCACGAACGAACCACGCGGGGCUGCCGCUGGAGUCUGGGCGGAAGACGGCCAUGAACAUCUGGCCGAGGCAAUACUACCCGUGA